GAAUAAAAUAUUUGGAAUUCAGCCACAAACAUAAUACACGAGGAAAUGAAAAUAAUACGCAUUUUUGCGUAAAGAGAAAAAGUCUUAAAUUAUUGUUUUAAAUGUAAUUUAGAAGAUAAAUUAGCAAGGAUGUCGAUCAUAAGUAGCAGAAAGUCAAUAAGCACGUCAAUUUUAAAGACGGCAACACCAUUUCGAGAAGAUACCAUAAGAAAAUCAAAACAGUUGAGAUUUCAAGUCGAUAAUUUGUCAAGUGUGAAAGAAAUCCUUUUGGCAGCAGAAAAUGGGAAUAUGAAAGAGUAUAUGGACCUGAUAUACAAGCUAUCACAAGAGAAUAUUUUAGACGAAACGCUUAUCAAGACCUUGAAGGAAUCAAUUGGCUGUGUUCAAGUUUUUAAAUUAGAUUUUGUACUUCUAAUAGAAACAAUUUUGAAUAUUCGAUGGAUUAACAAGUCAGACGAGAUCAUUGAGCUGUAUCAUAGAUUUAUAAUUGAUAUUCUCACAGCAAAGCCUGAAUUUCUAACCAAAUGCUGUUCAAAGAUCCUGACCAUCUUCAUACCUGGCGAGAAUGAGGCAAAUGAGUGGAAAAACGGAGUUCCAAAUGCUGAACUAGCUGAAAAAUUAGAUAAAACUCACAAUUUAAUUAAGAAAAUCUACGAGGCGAUUCCAAUGCUUCCUGUGACACUAAGGAGGUGUAUUACAGACAUGUUUCCUUACCGAAAGCAGUCAACUUACAAAAUCGCUGGAUAUAUUUAUAAUCUGUUAAAGAUUCUCGAUAGCUGUCAAAGUAUGGUGCACGAUAUUUUAGAGACAAUUUUUGAAUCAUUACUAGCAAUCGAUCUAAGUUUAUCAAGAGGUGAUAUAGAGGAUGGAGAAGAGGAAUUAAUAGAUGAAGCACAGAAUGAAAAUACCAAUGCAGACAGUGAUACAAUGAAGCUUCCAAUUGCAGAAACACUGGAUGUGUGUAUGGAUCUUAUGUUUAGCUAUUUCUAUUCAAAACUCAAUUCUGAAAGUAAAACGCCUCUAAAUGAACAAAAAGUCAUUGAAAAGUCAAUUUUUGAGUACUUCGAUGAGCAUCUCCUUAAGACACACAACAGCAAGCACGUCCAUUUCAUCUUUUUUUACAUAGCAAGUUUUAAGAAAUCAUUCUUAUUGGAACUGCUGAAGAAUCUUCUAGAUAAAAUAUUGGACAGAAACAAACCAUCAAUAAUCAGACAGACUGCAGUUGGAUACCUUUCAAGUUUACUAGCUCGUGCUAAGUUUAUACCAAUAGAACUGAUGAAAAAAUACCUCGAACACCUCAGUAACUUCGCUCACGAUUACAUAAAAAUGUGUCACUCUAUCAAUAUCAAUUUAAGUCCGAGAGCGCAUCUAGUUUUUCAUGCUACGUGUCAAGCCAUUUUCUACAUUAUUGCUUUUCGAAGCAAAGAUUUAAAUUUGAUUAAUUCAACGAGAAAUUUACAAUACCUCUUAUUACUUGACUUAUCCCCAAUUGUUAAGCAUCCACUGAAUCCUUUAAAUUAUUGUCUUCCUGCAAUCGCCACAAUAUUCGAUAAUGUCAUGACUAGACAUCAAAUUUUAUAUUGUCACACGAUUUUAGUGAAAAAUGCUAGCAAGAAACUAGCAACAGUCUUCAUGAACGAAGAAUAUCAUCCAGAGGAAGUGAUAGAAAGUGUCUUUCCAUUUGAUCCUUAUUUAUUGAAAAAGUCUGGAAAGAAAAUCCAUCCAAUUUACAUUGAGUAUCAGUCAGACGAGGAAGAUAUAUCACAUCAAAAUUCACCAAAAGCACACAAAAGAACGAGGAAUGAAUCAGAAUGUGACGACUUUUUCAUAGUUCCAGCAAAGAAAUUUAAAAGUGGAUCAAUAGAUUAAUAUUUUUAUUUUGUCGAUUCUAUGCUUAAUAUAAUCGUGGUGCUCAAUAUUUUAAUAUCUACAAAUGUCAGGAAAUAAGAAAGAAUUAGAAGCUUAAG